CCAUCCAUAUCUACUUCUCACUUACUCUCAAAUCUCUACACUCUAAAUCCUAUGGAAUUAGCGAAUAUGACGCUCGAGAUCUUCUCCAAGUUAGAGCAGAAAUGGCUCUACAACGGCGAAAACAACAAGAAAACGCGAAUUCUCAGCAUUGACGGAGGCUCCACCGACGGCAUUGUAGCAGGAUCUUCUCUCAUCCACCUCGAACAACAGAUCCGUGCCAAAACCGGCGAUCCUAACUCACACAUCGCAGAUUUCUUCGAUAUCAUCGCUGGCACAGGAAUCGGUGGAAUCUUCGCAACAAUGCUCGCAGCCGACGACGGUAAUGGCCGUCCUCUUUACACUGCUAAAGACGCGCUCGAUUUCGUAACCGACAGGCAAUCCGAUCUGUUUAAUCCAACAAACGUCGGAGUUUUCCGCCGGAGAAGAAGGUACUCUGGCAGGAGUAUGGAUAAGGUUCUGAAAGAAGCGUUAAGGAGAGAAGACGGUAAACUACUAACACUGAAGGAUACAUGUAAACCUCUCUUAAUUCCUUGCUUCGAUUUGAAUAGCUCUGCACCGUUCGUCUUCUCCAAAGCCGACGCUUCAGAAUCCGCAAGCUAUGAUUUCGAUCUAUGGAAAGUUUGCCGUGCAACAUCAGGUACUCCAUCGAUGUUCAAACCGUUUCCACUGACUUCCGUCGAUGAAAAAACCUCUUGCAUCGCAAUCGAUGGAGGUUUAGUGAUGAACAAUCCUACUUCUGCAGCGGUUACGCACGUUCUGCACAAUAAACGUGACUUUCCUUUAGUUACCGGCGUUGAAGAUCUGUUAGUCCUAUCUCUAGGUAACGGACCUACAAUGAUCUCUCCUAUUAAUCCAAAUCUCCGUCAUACAAGCCAUUGCUCCACGUCCACCGUCGUUGAAAUCGCCUGUGACGGUGUCUCCGACACCGUCGAUCAGCUGAUCGGAAACGCCUUCUGUUUCAAUCGCUCCGAUUAUCUAAGAAUCCAGGCAUACGGAACCAUGGCGGCGCCGGCGGUGGCGGGGCGGCGGGGUAUGGACGGAGUGUUAACGGAGAAAGGGGUGGAGACUUUGCCGUUUGGAGGGAAGCGGUUACUAACGGAGACUAACGGAGAAAGAAUAGAAGGAUUUGUGCAACGUCUUAUGGCUAUGGGGAAAGGAAGCUUGCCAGCUAGCCCUUCUAAGGAAACCGCCAUUAGUCAACUUCUUAACGGCCGUUAGUUCAUAUAUAAUAUAUAUAUAUAUAUAUAAUAUAAAAUAUAUAUAGAAUUUAAAUUUUGUUAUUUGUAUUGCCUAAAGGGAGGCAUAAUCUUAUACAAUAGUGCAUAUAAAGUAUAAGUGAGUGUUUUUAUUUUGUAA